UCUGUUCUUCACCAGUGAGGGAGUUGGUUAGUUAAGAAAACAGGCUAAAUGAUCGGGAAGCCUUCCGUCAUCAGAUUUCGACUCUCCAACCCCAAAUCCACAACAGAACCAAACCCUAACAAGCAGCUCUUUCCUCCUCAUAUUACCAUAAUGAAAAGUUCGAUCCAAACAAGGAAAUUAGGGGAUUCAGUAGCUACAAAGAAAAGGGAGGGUUUCAGCAAAUACCAUCAGUUGCUCUGCCUAAAAGUAAGAUCUUCCCCACUCAAAUUUAGCUUCUUCCUUCCACCUACAUUCUCCAUUUUUUUUGGAUUUGAUCAUUCAGAGGGGGGAACGAGCAGCCGGUGAUGCUGCCGCCGCCGGCGAUCUGAUUCAAGCGGCUGUCCCGGAUCGGAUUUGCUCCCCUCCAUGGCGGAAGUUAUGGGUGUGGGGAAUGACAAGGGAAGCAAUACCAGAGAUACGCAGUCGAAUCCUGUUCUUGAUGAUGAGGAUGAACUACAACAACAACAUGGCAGCCCCAAGACAUAUCCAAAGCUUCGAAUUCAUACUGAAAGUAGUGGUAGCUCUUUGGAGCUGCGUCCUGAGAUAUCAUCUAAUGUGGAAGAUGGAAGCAGCAAACAUUCCAGCCUUGACCACUUCGAUAUGGAUCCUGAGAUAAUCAGGAAAGCGAUCAGCAAUAAGCAUACGGGACCAGUCCAUCUCGAGGUAACAACUGACCACGAGAGUUGCAGCGAUAAUGGUUCGUUUAAGAUAGAUUCAGGUGUCAUCGCUGGGAAUUCUAGCAGCGGCCACUUGGAAUCAUCACCGAUGGACUGUCCUGCUGCUGGAAGUCGUGUCGAUGAAGUUGGUGAUGAUGAAGGCAAUAACAACCCCAUCAGGUUUCCAAUUAUCAAAAUGGCUUCAUCCUCAUCCUCAUCCUCAUCAUCCUCUUCUUCUUCCUCUUCCUUAGUUCCACCACAAGAAAAUGAUAAGAGUAUUGACGAAUUGGACCAUCGAAGUCAUCACAAUGAAGAUCAACUAGCAAUAGAAAGUGGAGUUUCUGAACAGAACACCAAGGCAGGGGAACAAGAGAGCAGUUCUCUUACUCCCGAGAUCGACAGUGAACAUACGACGCUAGUGAUUUUGCCUACCCAAUCCCCUCCUGUUCAAGUAAUGCAGAGGUCGGAAGGGUACGACCCACAUCGAAUACCACAGUCUAUAUUUCAGAGAAGCUCAUCAGAUGCGCAGAACGAUUGGAGCAUUGCCUCCAACGAAUCGUUGUUUAGCAUUCACGUAGGGACUAGUACUAGUUUCUCUAGAGAACAAGCACUGCUUAUCAGUGAGGCCCGCAAGUUGGAAGAAAAUUCCAAGUCGAAUGAAGUGUUCUCAUUCACCCCUAACCAUCCUGACGAUGAGGAUUCUCCGAAUAGCCCCACUGCUUUCCCAAUUGCGGAGCUAGUUAAAGCAGAUGUAGUAGCAGCAGCAGCAACAGGAUCAGGUGAUUCUCAUUCAGUUGUAGAAUCUCAAAAUAAGCAUAUUCAAGCCAAGAAAGAGAUUGAAAUUACUCAUGCGGCCGAGAAUGCCAAAAGGGCAGCCGAGGAACAACGUAGUGAUCAGAAGAAAGUGCCCACCGUGUCGUGGAGGUCAACCAGUGUUUCCAACUUCUCGGACCGGAGCCAGAACAGCACCCGGUCUUUUGCUUUUCCAAUGAACUAAACCGAGCUCUACUAUGGAUGACGACGAUGGUGGUAAUGAGAACACGGAAAGAUCUAUUAUAGUGUCGAGCAGGAGCAAAAAGGAUUGGGAGUGUUCAUCUUUCUACUGUUCAAAUGUUAGCACUUGGUCGUGGCCAUCAUGCUACUAUCGUUCUUCUGGCGAUACUAGUAGUACUAGUGGCAAUGGCAGCUGGUGGUCGUGGCUAUGGUGCGGCUGCUGUUGUAACUGUAAUAGCUGCUGGUCUUGCUUUUCGUGUAAAUCAUCAUCGUGUAGAAUGAAGAAGAAGUGUGGAUGGCGGCCAUCAUCGUUAUCCUGUUGCUACUGUUCUAGCUGUAGCAGCAUCUGUUCGUUCCGCUACUGUGUGAAGCCAAGUUGUUGUUGUACAUGUAAUUUCUGCUCCUUCGGUUCGAACUGUAGUGGGAAUUACUAUUGCUGCUACUGUUGGAACUGUAGUAGCAAGAAAAGAUGGUGUUGCUGUCACCCUUCUUCCACUUUGAGCGAUGAGGCAAGAUUAGAGUCAGCUAAGAAGGCACAGAACAGUGAGCAGACCCAAGAACCAGCACAACAGAAGAAGGCGAAACGGCGUUGGUACAACUUUUUGUGCUGCUCGUGGAAGAAGUGUCGUUGUAGUUGCUCUUGUAUGAGUUGUGUUCGUUGUUCGCGAUGCUGGCAUUGUUGACAAUGAUCGAGGAUCGAGUACUCCCCAAAAAAAGACCAGCAGAGGAAGAAGGCUUGUCAUGGCUGCGGCGGUAGCCCCCUUUGUCUUGCCAAACGGAUGAGACAAUGUGGAUCACUCCAAUGAACGACGCUUGGCGGUUGAUCACUUGGCUUAGAGUUAGAGGAGAUCCAAUAUAGAGGAUUCUGAAUGGCUCCUUCAUAUGGAGAAGAAGGAAGAGACUAUUGAUGGUGAAUAUAAAGUUUCAUUAAUGAAAAUAAAGUUGUGUGGAGAAGAUGCUUUGAUGGUGGAGCAAUAAAAAAGAAAUUAAAAAUGAAACUCACAAUAAUCUGUAACAACAAAGAGUAAUUGAAGUGAG